GACAAAAUCCAAAGAUCAGUGCGGCGAGGAGGGCGAGGAAGGCGCGGCGGUGACCAGGCAGGACAAGAACCAGGAAGAAGAGCUCCAUUAUACAAUCCUUCAUAUUCCUAGGGGAUCCUCUGCGGUGGUCCUUCUGCUUCCCGAGGAUGAUGAGGGGAUAUUGGGCGCUUUGUGUUGGGCUGCUGGCCCUGGCCGGAGUCACACGCUCACAAGAUUCGGAGUGUAAUCAGUCGGUGUCGAUUUCUGAAUCUGGAUCGAACGUCUUAUGGACAUAUGUCAGAUCCCAGGACCGGUGUAAACCCUUCAUGGCAAAAAACUCUGGAACCGCCCCCAACGUCUUCCUGACUGAGGACGACUGUAUGAAGCGCUGCUCCACUCAGUACAACCAACUCUUCCCACCAGAAGGCGCAGCGUGUAACCUCACGAUGGAGGCGGGGCCUUGCCUGGCUCACAUCAUCAUGUGGUACUAUGACAAGGAGAAGGAGGUCUGCGACACCUUCAUCUGGGGGGGUUGUCAGGGAAACGGAAACAGAUUUGAGAGCUGGGAGAAGUGCUCCGCCCUCUGCAUCAUCCCAAAGAAAGGAAGGACAGGAGGCGGCGCCUCCAAUCAGACUCCUCCCUCUCAGAGUGAUGCCGGUCUCAUCGUUGGAGUUGUGUUCGGUGUUGUAUUUGGAGUGGCGUUCCUGGUCACCCUGACCAUGUACUUGCUGCAGAGGAAGAAGAUGAAGAAGCAGCAGCAUAAGAGAGUUCCAGACACAGAGAUGAAAUAAAUGCCCCCCGCUGCUGGGGACAUGAAAAGCAUUUUAUAUCAUGUCUGUAAUAAUAAUAAUACAAUUGUGUGACAAUAUAAAUGUUAGUAAUACA